CCCUGAUUUGCUCACAGGAAUGGGGAAUCUACCCCACUGUAGCACAAGGAUGCAAAAUGAUUGAUUGGUUGAUGGUUGAUUGGUUUAUUUGUACAUAAAUCCAAAGGAGGAAUAGCAGCUCCCUUUGACGGUAGGGGAGAGUGCCUUGAGGGUUAACGUAUGUCUUAGAAUCCAUCCUGCCACUGAAUGAAAUCUUCAGAGAAGGGAUUCCAAUUAAGCCCUUUUCCUUCGUCUCUUCCAUGACGUCCAUCAUGAAAGCCAUGUGUGCACGGGAAUGUCUUGGCCUGAGGCUGCCUUCACAAGCUGAAUUGGAUCCUGUGGCUUACCAGCCCUGUUAUAAAAUGACACGAGAUGUGGGCCUGGAUGACGAGCUUCCAGACUGGGCAGGAGCCAAGGAGUUCUACCAGAAAUACGAUCCCAAGGAUGUUAUUGGCAGAGGAGUAAGCAGUGUAGUCCGGCGAUGUAUACAUAAGCAGACUGGACAGGAGUUUGCAGUAAAGAUUAUUGAGGUAACCCCAGAACGCAUGACCCCCCAGCAGCUGGAAGAAGUCCGCUUAUCAACCAGCAAAGAGAUUGCCAUCCUGCACCAGGUCUCCGGUCACCCUUACAUCAUAACUCUUAUAGAUUCCUAUGAGACAUCCACCUUCAUGUUCUUAGUCUUUGAUUUAAUGAGACGUGGUGAACUUUUUGACUACCUUACCGAGAAAGUAACCAUUGGUGAAAAGGAGACCAGGUGCAUCAUGCGAGCCCUCCUGGAGGCUGUGAGCUACCUUCAUGAGAACCACAUCGUCCAUCGAGACCUCAAACCGGAGAACAUCCUCAUGAACGAUGAUCUCAGCAUCAAACUGUCCGAUUUCGGCUUCUCCUGCCAUUUGAAGCCAGGAGAGAAACUCCGUGAGUUAUGUGGUACCCCAGGCUAUCUAGCACCAGAGAUAUUGAAAUGUUCCAUGGAUGAGACUCACCCUGGUUAUGGAAAGGAGGUGGACCUCUGGGCCUGCGGCGUCAUCUUUUUCACCCUCCUAGCUGGAUCUCCUCCCUUCUGGCACCGCAAACAGAUGUUGAUGCUUCGGAUGAUCAUGGAAGGCCGGUAUCACUUUGGUUCUCCAGAGUGGGAUGACCGAUCCGACACAGUCAAGGAUUUGAUCUGCCGACUGUUGAAAGUAGAUCCCGCCGAAAGGUUGAGUGCUGUGGAGGCGCUGCAGCACCCCUUUUUCCAGAGCUAUGGAAAGGAGCAGCGACAUUUCAGUCCCUUCCAUAAAUUCAGGGUGAUUGUGUGGACAGUUCGGGCAUCCAUCCGCAUCUACUCCAACUACCGUCGGGUGCGCCCGGUCACGAAGGAGCUGCUGCUGUGCGACCCUUAUGCCCUCAAGGGGGUGCGCAAGCUGAUUGACGCUUGUGCCUUCCGAAUCUAUGGCCACUGGGUCAAGAAGGGUGAGCAACAGAACCGGGCUGCCCUCUUUGAAAACGUCCCAAAGGCCAUCCAGCUGGUCCUGCUAAACACAGAAGGAGAGGAGGCCGCAUCCUCAGCCGUGGAAGACCCUCUCCUCUAGAGGCCGCCUAGCCCCUGUGAAACAGGAGGGGGGGGGUGAGUGGCACAAAACUGAACCUCCUCCUUGCCCCAUUGGGAGAGGACAGCCAAUGGUUAGAGUCCUCCUUUGGGUUCCUUGUGCACGAAAGAGACCGACUUUCUAGGGAACAGGAACUUGGGAAACCUUGAAUUUUGGAUGGAUGGGACAGGAUUCGCUAUUUAUCCCUGGAAGGUUGUUCUGGGUGUGGGUAGGGUUGAUGUCACACCAGUGGUGUUGGUCCAAAGUGGGGGGACUGGGGAGAGCAAUGUGCCCUGACGUGGCCCUUUGCACAGUAAGGAAGCGGGGUCUCGUCUGUCCCUGGAGUCCCUUCUGCUGAGG